GCCACCUCUAGCUGAAAAAAUGGCUGAAAUCCAAGUGUGUGUGUGAAGGAAACAGUGUGAGAAAAAUUUGCGUUUGCUACCAAUUCGGAAAUAACGGCGUUGCGGCGACAAAAUCCGACUCCAUUGUCCCCUGGCCACCGCAGCUGCCACGCCCACGAUUUCCCACGCAGGAGGCAACGGGUCGAACGUCAGGCGGAGCGUCCGAAAAUUUGCAAUUGAUGCCCACUCUCAGCGGCCUGCAAUUACAGAGAAGCCAGGCCAGAAACCGACUUCACCGACUCCGGCAGGUUCUCGUAUCGAAAUGUGGCUACCGGGCCGAGCAGAGAAGCUACCAGGCGCGGAUAACUAGAUGAAAAUUGGGCGAAGAGCACUCCCUAUAUGUAAUAUAUAUGUAAUACACACGCGCCUGCCCCGCCGACAGUGUACACACAUCAAUAAAUCGGCUUGAUACACACAUACGCAGUUGCAUCAGCAUGUCCGACCGUGAUUCUGAUUCCGAAUCCGACGCGGGUCCGCCCGUGAAUCAGCAGCGGUCGCAGCGGAACCGGCGCAUCAUCAUGCGGAUCGAGUUCAAGGACUCGGAGGACACGGCCUCGGAUCGCGACCUGGACGAACAGCCUUCUUGUUCCACGGCGUCGCGGCAGAGACGCAGUGCCCGCCGCCAGGAGGUGGCCUCGGAGGCGGUGCCCCGGAAGUCAACGCGCAAGUUGCGCAGUCGCCAUGGACCGCAGAGCGACUGCUCUUCCAGCGGCAGCGAGAUCAAUCAACGUCCCACGCGCAGCAGCAAUCGGAAAACGGUAGAGUCCUACGACGAGGAGGAGCAGGAGCAAGAGCAGACGUCCAGUGCGGCUGGCAGACUCCAUCCCGCGACCGCCGAACCCGACCCCGGAUUCAGUUCCGACAGCAGCAGCAACGAUCUGCUGGAGAAGUGCCCCAUUUGUCUGCUCACCUUCCGGCAGCAGGAGAUCGGCACGCCAGCCACCUGCGAGCACAUCUUCUGCGCAGCCUGCAUUGACGCCUGGUCGCGGAAUGUCCAGACCUGUCCGAUUGACCGCAUCGCAUUCGACCGGAUUGUGGUGCGGGACUCCUACGCUAGUCGCCAGGUGGUGAGGGAGGUGCGGGUGGACUUGAGCAAGUCCAAGACCGAGUUGGCACUGGACGAGGAGGCAGAGGGAGCGGUGGCUUCCGAAGAGGAGCUGACGAACUGCGAGGUCUGCGAAAGUCCGGAGCGGGAGGAUGUGAUGCUGCUUUGCGACAGCUGCAAUCAGGGAUACCACAUGGACUGCCUGGACCCGCCGCUGCACGAGAUUCCCGAUGGCUCCUGGUACUGCGACAACUGCAUUGACUCCGAGGACGAAGAUCCCGAUGAGCAGCUGGACGACUUGAGUCAGUUGUACGAUGAUAUUAGGGGAAUGGGAUUGCCGGAGACGCGUCUCAGGGUGCGGGAGGUGCAGCAACCUCCGAGGAUCCUGCGCACCAGCCAGAACGAGCGCAUUCGGGCGGCUGUGCUGCGACGCACUCGCUCCGGUACUGCCUCGGCCGAAGAUUCCACUCUGACCCGAACGCGUACCCGCACGACCACCACCACCACGACAACCACUACAACAACCACUCGGCGCACAGCCACUAGCACCACCAAGCGUCCCGCUCAACGUCGCCGCCGGAGAAGGACUCGCCAUCGCACCUACGUGGUGGAGUACGACCUGAACAACUUUGACGAGAAGUUUGCCAUGAAGACCAGCAAGAAGGUGAUCAGGCGACGUCGACGACGCCGUCGCCGUGUGGUGGCCUCUGGUGAGGAACCUGGUCGCCGUCUCACCGCCAGCAAGCGACUGGCGGAGCAGCUGGGAGUGAAAACGGACGGUGUACAACGUUCACACCUCGGUGGGGGUACUGCCUCCAGCUUCUCUCUCUUUGGGAACGCCAACGACCUGGAGUACUUCUCAGACAGUGAGCCGGAUUUCGGCGGCAGUGCCACUUCUGCUGGACUCGGAUCGACUGCCGUGCAAACCUCGGUGCGCAUUGCUAGCAUUGGAGCACCGCGCAUCCGUAAAGCAUUGCUCCAAGGCAAGGCACGGAUAGCUGCCACGCCUUCGGCUCCGGCUUCAGCUUCAGCUUCAGCUUCAGCUGGCGACAUACUGUCUUCAAUUUUGGAUCUGCAGGAUCGCUGGCACGGAGCUUCGCGCAACCUGAGCGAUGUGCACAUUAGGGCGGAUGGCACCCUCAAUCUGCCCCAGAGACCUGCGCCUGCAGCAACACCAGCAGCAACGCAGCCAGCCGGCACUUCAAAGCCGGAGGAGCAUGUGACCCAGGCGCCGCUUUACCAGCGCGGAGGAGCAGGACCCAACUUCAGUAGGGGCGGAGGAUCAGGCGCAGGAGAUAACUACAACAAUCGUUACAGCGGAAACAACAGCUACAGGGGCGGUGGAGGAGGCGGCGGAGCGUCAGGUGUUGGCGCAGGAAACUCCUCGCGCCAAUCGACGGGCGGCGGAGACGGCCAAGGGGUCGGCGGUUUCAGUAACCAAAACUUCAGUAGUCCCAGCCCCAACAACAGCAACACGAAUGUGUCCAGCUUUACUCCCUUCCACCUCCGCUUCAACACGCCCACGCGCCAGCAGCAACAACGCCAGCAAAAUGUGCCCCCUGCCAACCAAGCCACGCCCCCUUUUCGUGGUAGUGCACCAGCUCCACCCGCGGUGGCGUCGCCAUCGAACAGUUUUCCAGCACAACCUCCGAUGUUUGCUCCUCCCGUAAAUCAUCAUGCGGCACCGGUGAUGGGCCUGCCGCCAGUGCUAUCAGUACCACCUCCGCCCAUGCCACCCGCCAGCCUUCCUUGGAACACUCCGCUCUUCAAGAUGAACACGCUGCAGCAGUCACCGUUGAAAGGCAACGAUCGAAACGUAGAUGACGAUGCCGAGAACUGUCCGAACUUCUCCAUUUACUCGCAGGAAUCGCAGGCGGUGGCCAAUGCCUCAGCCAUGUCGUCGGGCGUUCCACAAGGACCAGCUGACAUGUCUGAUAAGGAUGAUGACGAUAUGAACGAAGAUUUAGUACAAUUAGAUGAUGAUGACGAUGAUAACGAGAUACCAUUGCCCCCGGGGCCGGAACCCGAAUCCGUACCCGAAAAAGUCAAUGAUGACCUGUACGAGCCGGAGAAUCCAACCGAUGAGCCGGAUGAUCCGGAAGUGGACGACAAGUCCAGUGACGGUGAACCCAUGGAAGAGUCGGAUGCCUCCGAUCACGAGCCCAGCAGCAGCAGCAACGCCCACAUGGCCGCAGCUCCUGCAAAAGAACACGACGAAGAGGAGGCCAAGACGCGCAGCACUCCCAGCCCGGUGGUCAAGGAGGAUCGAGUGGCGGACCGAGAUCGGGGUAAGGGAGUUCUAGAGCUCUAUGAUGACAGCGACUGGGAGGAGCUAGAAAUUGACAAGCCGAAGGAAUAUGAAAAGGCGCUGGGGACGGAAACCGAGUCGCAAACCAGCCCCAAACCGGCGCCAUCAGAGAGACCCGAGUCCCGUAAAGAUGGAGAUACCGAGAAGGACGACAACGCAAGUGGCAGCGAGCACGAGCCGGACCGCUCCUACACGCCCUGUCUGGACGAGAAGACGACGGCGGAGGGGGAUGGCGAUGGCGAUGGCAAUGGCGAGGAGGAAGAGCCGACGGCUGGAUCAACGCAGUCAAACAACAGUCCCAAGACAGGCUCCUCCAAGGCUUCCGACGACGAAGAGGAGCCGGGGCAAGCUGUCGGUACGGAUGUUGUGUCUGAGGACGAUUUAAACAAUGAGAGCGGGUCAAAGCGACGCAGUCGAAGCCGUGGAGGAGCCGCCAAAGAAGGCAAGUCCAAGUCGAAAUCGCGUUUAAAACGCAACAAGGACGAAACUUUUAAAAAGAUUGGCAAGCGCCAAAAGGGUCGCAACUACCGCGGGGACAAACCGGAUCCGGAACAGAGCCCCCGUUCGGGUUCCAGGAGUCGUACUCCAAAAAGCCGCACCAAGAGCCCGAAGCGUAUCAAGAGCGUCAGUCGUAGUAGAAGUAGAAGUCGAAGUCGAAGUAAGAGCAAAAGCAGGAGUAGGAGUAGGAGUAGGAGCAGGAGCCGGAGUAGGAGCAGGAGUAGGAGUCAUACUCCCAUCCGCAAUCGGAACAGGCGUCGCCGUGGCAGCCGCUCCAAGUCCUACUCCCGCUCCCAUUCAAGGUCCCGAUCGCGUUCCAACUCCCAUAGCCGCCAAAGAUUCUCCUUCCGUGGACGGGACCAUCAGCGUGGCUUCAUGCGUGGCCGUGGCGGCCUACGCUUCAACUUCCGCAACCAACAGUUCCACAACAGGCCGUUUCAGCACUACAACCACAACCAAAACCACAACUACCACCAGAAUCAGAACUACCACCAGAAUCAGCACCAUCAGCAUCAGCAUCAGCAUUACUUUAACUUUAACCAGCAGGGUCAGCACCACCAGUUCUUUCAGCGUCCCAAACGCAGGGAGUUGCCGCGAUAUGAUGUCCGGAACGUGGUGGGAUCGAGGCACCAACACCAGGCCAAAGAUCGCUAUGGCCGUGACGCAACGCGUUCGGGUAGAAGUCGCUCGGGAAGGCGCAACUCGCGUAGUUUCUCGCGAAGCGUUUCGCGCGGAUCGAGGGGUUCGCUGCGCUCCCGUUCUGGUUCGGCUAAGCGGUUUCGCAGCUUUAGCAUCUCGCCGACGCCACCACCAGGCACAUCUCCAUCUCCCCAGAAACAAGGCGGCGGACGACGAACGUCUCCGGGCCGACGCUAUGCCGCCCGCUCCCCUUCGCCGCUACCGCCGCCUCCAAACGAAAGAGGCCAUAGCCCAGUGUCUAUGCACUCCAGAGCAUCCCGCUCGCACACUCCAAAUCGCAUCAAUGGGGGUGGCAAUAGAUCGCCCCUCUAUCCCGGCUCGCCGCGUUACACGCCACGGUUGAGUCGCAGCAGGAGUCGAAGUCGUUCCAAGAGCCCCAAGGAUGCCCCCAAGAAGAAGAAGAAGAAGUCGGACAAGAAGAAAAAGAACAAGAAGAGGACGGGCAGUGGCAGUCCGACGACGGCCGCGCGGAUGCGUCGCAUCUCGCGGCAGCGUGAUCCCUUCGAGGAUGCCGACGACUUCCUGGCGCCACAGAGAAAGCGAAAGAAGGGCGGCAUGACGACUGGCCAGUGGUCACCAUCGCCGUCACCCGGCCGCUGCGAUUUCCUCCACGAUGGCGGCUGCCAGGACAAAAAUCCGUCGUGGACGCCGCCGCUGGGAUCGCCAAAGGGGCCCGGCGGCCACUACGACAACGAUGGCGGCCUGACGCCCAAGAAGGCAAAGCGCAAGCGCGACAAGAGCAAAAAGAAAAAGAAGCAACAUCCCCUGGAGAAGCAGCGAAAGGAGAAGAAGCGUAAGCGGCGCACCCAGACGCCAGAGCCACUGCCUUCCAAGGAGGUGUUUGCCUCGGGCAACAACAUUCUGGUGAGCGUGAGCUUCAACAAGGAGGCGAACACAAACAAUGCCGCCUCCACGCUGGGUUCCCAGCAGCAGUCGAUGGUCACAAUGCCAUCCGGCAGGGAAGAUCUGCUGAGCAAUCGCUUGACCUCCAUCGAUCGCCUCACUAACAGCAACCUUGGCAGUGUGGUGGGAGCAAUAAAGAAGGGGAAGCGCAAGCGCAAGAAGCUGGAGGCCAAACCGGUGGCCAUCAUCGAUCUGGAACGCUCCCCCUUCCAAGUGCACCAGGAGCCGGCGGAUGUCAUUGUGCUCACCGACAGCGAGGAUGCCACGGACCAACACUCAACGAGAAGGGAGCGUGACAGGGAUCACGACCUAAUGAGGGAAAAUGGACAAAGGGAGAAGACCCCGCAGGUCGGUUCCUUGGACGCGAUCAUGGAGACCUCGUACGAGAACAUGACGCAGUCGACAGGGCCCAAGACGCCGCCGGAGCCGCCCCUCGUCAAGUUCAACCUGCCCACCAAAAAGAUGCAGCACAAGGCGCGCAGCAAUCCGCUCCACGAAGACGCCGAUGACAUUAACUCGGCGGACGAGCUGGAGGCAGCCUGUUCGCUGGCUCCCGAGGAGCAGACGCCCCAGCACGGCCACGGCAGCCACGAUGGUGGCCAGAAGAUCGGUCCGAACACGCCUCCGGAGUCCGGGCCGUGCUCUCCAGAUGCCUACGAUCCCUUCGAGCCGACCAAGUCUCCCUCGCUCUCUCCACGGUCGCCGACACCAACGCCGUGCCAAAGCAUGGAUCAGCAGGCAGCCAGCAUGCCAGUGAGCAGUGCAAUCGGAUCGGGAGCCGGAGACAAGGGUGAGGGCGAUGUCACCCAUGCAACCGUGUCCAAUGCGAGCACCAGCACCCAGACCCAAACGAGCGUGCUCAACCCAGUGGAUCUGGUGAUGGCGCUGAUGAACAAGCCGAACCAGAGCGGAGCCAUCCAGCAGGAGAGCGAGGUGAGCUCGGCCCAGUACAUCAGCAGCAGCUCCGUCAGCCUGGCCCUGGGCGUUGGCUCCAGCACUGGCGGCGGCGGCGGCGGCGGAGGAGCCGGCGAUAGCCAUGACAAGGGGUCCGACGGCAAGAGCAUCACCGUUCUCUCCAAUGUGCUGCUCACGAGCAGCAGCGUGGUGUCUAGCUCGCAGCACAUCCCGUCUAUUUCUAGUCCAACGCCUCCCUCGAAGAAGCUCACUCCGCUGCCCAAGGCCGGAGGAAGUGUGGCCAGCAGCAGCAGUGGCGUUGGCAACAUGCCCACCACCAGCGGUGGCGUGGGCGGCCUGCGGAACGGCAGCGGCAUGGGGAAUGCCGGAGGAUCCGGCAACGUCCUAGACGACUCCUUCAACAUGGACAUCGAAAGCCCCUACUCUCCUGGCUCCGCAGACUACGAGGAUCUGUUCGAGCCACCCAUCUUGCUGGAGGGCAACAGGCGGAAGGGUGGAGCGGCCGGAGGCAAAGUGGAAAUUUUCGAUGACUUGUUCGGGAGCAGUUCGCCCGUGGGCAACAUCCGGAUGACAUCACGAUACAACACGGCGGCGGGCAAGAAGUCGCAUCGCAGCAAGGGUGACCGCAAAUCAAAAUUAAAAGGGGCAAGAAAUGCUGAUGUAUAUGACGAUGUGCCGAAUUCGGCAACGGAUCUUCAAAAUAAGGACAGACUUUUACGCAAGUUAAAUCGACAAGAACGUGUGGUUGAGGAGGUCAAAUUGGUGUUAAAGCCGUACUUUAACAAGAAAGCGAUUACUAAGGAUGACUACAAGGACAUCAUGCGAAGAGCUGUGCCCAAGAUCUGCCACAGUCGGUCGGGUGAAAUUAAUCCACACAAGAUUAAAAAUCUUAUUGACGCCUAUGUAAGGAAAUUCCGGGCAAAGCACAAGAAGUUAAGUCUCCUUAACACGGGGCAGGUUAGCAGUGCGGUAAAAUGUGCCGCGUAUUUAAAAAAACUGUAAGCAAGCAAGCAAGCGAGCGCCUAGGAUCUGGCACGUUGGGUAGAAAUAUCUGAAGAAUUUUGCGGCCGCAUGCAUGCAUUCCUACUAUCUACCAACAAAUGAAAGCAACAAUAUUCACCAGCCACCAUCGCAAAACUAAGGCAAAACAAAUGGAAAAACUCAUAAACUGUCAUUAACUAUUGGAAUUUAGUUGCUAAGUCAAUUUUAGGUCACUUUACGAAUGAUUUUAGACUGUAAGCGAAACACAGAAGUGAAGAUUUUAAAUAUUAAGCAGAAGCAAGUUUGCCACCUUUAUUUCGGUUACCCAAAGCACCACAAAAACACUUUAUUUAUAUCAAGACUAGUUCAUUAGAUUGUUUAUUCGUACGACACCUGUAUUGAUAAUACUAUACCUGUUUUGCGUGAGCAUUAACCAAUUGUAAGUAAUUAAGUAAAGGCAAAACAAAUUUGUAUUUUACCUCUGAUAAUUUAACUAUUUAAUUUAAAACACAUCUGAAAAACUUACUGAUAACCCCAAACCAUUGGCUUGCAUUGAAUAAGGCAUAGCAAAUUCCUGGCAUUGUCGUUCAUGCAGUCGAGUAUUUUUCUUGAACGAAGAUUGUUAUCGAGCAAGUGUAAUUAUGUAUUCAUAUGAAUAACUGCAUGGCCAGUUAUGCAGUUUGUCAAUCAAGCACUUGAUUUCGCAUAGUCUGUCAGUCAUCAUUUUUGAAUAACGAGUAAGAGUGUUAGCGUUGCAACACAAUUGAUAACAGUAAAUAUAAAUAAAUACAAAUUGUGCUAAAUCGUUUUGUAAAUAUCCACAUAAAUAAAAAUAAAAGCGAUCAAUAACUUAUCCAAAAAUGUUGUCUUAAUUGGUCUUGUCC